CAGAAGUGUUAAAAAAAAAAAACCAGUGGCGACAUGCUUUGCGAGCAGCUAAACCCCUAAAGCCCUAAAAUCAAAAUUACGCUUCAGAGAAAGUGAGAGAGAGACGAUGGAUCACAUAGCAGCGGCGGAAGAGCAAAUUGUAUCGGAGAGGAUUAGAAGAAAACUCGAAGAAGUGAAUGCAUCUGCUCUGUCGCAGCUCUUUCCUAUUCAGGAUCAUAUCAAUUUCACCCUUCAGCAAGCUUAUUUCAAAUGUGCAUACGAGUGCUUUGACAGAAGUAGGAAGCAAGAAGAGAUAAGCAACUGUGUUGAGCACUGCAGUGUUCCAGUUGUCAAUUCUCAACAGCAUUUUGAAAGCGAAAUGGCUCAAUUUCAGGAAAGGAUGAACAGAUCUCUCAUGGUCUGUCAAGACAAAUUUGAGGCGUCAAAGCUCCAUAAGAACAGAGUUGAUGCGGCCAAAGAUAUGGAGGGUUGCGUGAACCAGUCCAUUGAGGAGAAUCUCAAUACAUUACCUCAUAUUGUGCAGAGAAUGAAGACAGCCUUCUCCAUUCGCGACUAAAACGAUCUUCUGUUAGAAAGUAAUAAGAGUUUUUUAUAUCUUUGUCCGGCUGAUCAUAAAUCCUUUUUUCAUUAUCACUCAAGAGAUUGGAUUGUUGUAGGAGUUUGAGUAAUGGUCUUUCUCUUUGUACUUAAGAUUUGGAAAAAAAAAGAAGUUUCUUUUGAUU